CUGUCGAACAAACAGCGCGACACAGUGAGCAAGAAUGUGGAGAAGAGCUUUCUGUAAUCUCUCAAAAAGAUCCUUUUCUUCACAACCUGAAAUACCCACUUUGUAUUCCUUUCUCCAGCCUUCAAUUUUUUCCUUAAAAAGAACUGAAUCACCUUCUACAACCCCACCAAAACCCCAUGACCAAACCCCUCUAACCUUAGCACAAGAACACAAAUCUAAUCUUGAAUCCACUCUUCUAGAUUCAAUCAAAAGUAACAACACAGAUGAAGCAUGGAAAUCAUUCAAGACUCUUUCAAAUUACUCUGCUUUCCCAAGUAAGUCACUUACCAAUUCAGUAAUCAUUCAUUUGUCAUCACUGAAUGAUACCCAUAACAUAAAAAGAGCAUUUGCAUCAGUAGUUUUCUUGUUAGAGAAGAAACAAGAAUUGUUAAAGCCUGAAACUGUACAUGUACUGUUGAAUUCAAUGAGGGAUGCUAAUAGUGCUGCCCCUGCUUUUGCUUUGGUGAAGUGUAUGUUCAAGAACAGAUUUUUCAUCCAUUUUAGUCUCUGGGGUGAUGUUCUUGUGGAAAUUUGUAGGAAAAAUGGUAACUUUGGUGGGUUUUUACAAGUUUUUAAUGAGAAUUGUAGGGUUGCUAUUGAUGAGAAGUUGAAUUUCUUGAAACCUAGUUUGGCAGCUUGUAAUGCUGCACUAGAAUGUUGUUGUCGAGAGGUUGAAUCGAUUACUGAUGCGGAGAAAGUGGUGGAGACCAUGUCAGUUUUGGGUGUUAGGCCUGAUGAAUGUAGUUUUGGUUUACUAGCUUAUUUGUAUGCAUUGAAGGGUCUUAAAGAGAAAAUAGCUGAGUUAGAAGGUUUAAUAAGUGGAUUUGGUUUCCCGGAUAAAGGGGUUUUUCUUAGUAAUUUGAUUAGCGGAUUUGUAAAGUGUGGUAAUUUGGCGUCUGUUUCAGCAACUAUUCUUCAAGGUGUAAGAGAAACGGAUGGACAAGGAUUAUGUUUUCAAGAAGUAACUUAUAGUGAAGUAGUAAGUGGGUUUCUUCAAAAUGGGAGCAUAAAAGAUUUGGCUACGUUGAUUGGUGAAACUCAGACCUUGGAAUCUCCAUCUGUGAUUGUUGAGAGAUCCGUUGGAUAUGGCAUCAUAAAUGCUUGCGUUAAUCUUGGGUUAUUGGACAAGGCACACAUGAUAUUUGAUGAAAUGAAUGCUCAGGGUGCUUCUUUAGGUCUUGGAGUCUACCUUCCAAUACUGAAAGCAUAUUGCAAAGAGCAAAGAACCGCUGAAGCAGCUCAACUGGUGACAGACAUAAGCGGUUUAGGUCUCCAGUUGGAUGUUGCUACCUAUGAUGCUCUAAUUGAAGCUUCAAUGUCAUGUCAAGAUUUUCAAUCUGCAUUUUCUGUGUUUAGGGACAUGAGAGAAGCAAGAAUACCUGACUUGCAAGGGAGUUACUUGACAAUCAUGACCGGUUUAACAGAAAGUCAUCGACCUGAGCUCAUGGCAGCUUUCUUGGAUGAGAUCGUUGAGGAUCCUAGAAUUGAAAUCGGAACGCAUGAUUGGAACUCCAUCAUCCAUGCCUUCUGCAAGGCUGGACGGCUAGAAGAUGCAAGGAGGACUUUCAGGAGAAUGACCUUCCUUCAGUUCGAACCAAAUGAGCAGACAUAUCUUUCUCUAAUAAAUGGAAAUGUGACUGUGGAGAAGUAUUUCAAUGUUAUGAUGCUGUGGAAUGAAGUCAAAAGAAAGGUUUCUGCAGAAGGGGAAACAAAGUUAAAACUAGAUAGUAGCCUGGUUGAUGCGUUUCUGUAUGCAUUGGUUAAAGGGGGCUUCUUUGAUGCAGUAAUGCAAGUCGUGGAGAAAUCUCAAGAGAUGAAAAUUUUUGUUGAUAAAUGGAGAUAUAAACAAGCAUUCAUGGAGAAACAUAAGAAGCUCAGAGUUUCAAAGUUAAGAAGGAAAAAUCGAUGUAAAAUGGAGGCACUUAUUGCUUUCAAAAAUUGGGCGGGUUUGAGUGCUUGAUGGGUCUCAUAUCUGUCGCUUGCCUAUUUUGCUUGAUCUGAAUGCUGUAUGAAGCAUCUUGCUACUGGGUCCUAAAAUACUCAAUUUAAUAU